CACAUUCUCUACAUUGUGUUGAGCUUCACACAGCUGUCUCAGCCUCCAGCCCACUUUGGUCAAGGAGAUCCCAGACCCUCCAGGAAACAUGGACUUUAAUGGAACAUGGCAGGUUUACUCUCAGGAGAACUAUGAGGAGUUCCUCAGGGCCAUGGACCUCCCAGAAGAUGUCAUCAAGAUGGCAAAGGACAUCAAGCCAGUUACUGAAAUCAAGCAGAGUGGCAAAGACUUUGUUAUCACCUCUAAGACCCCUGGAAAAUCUGUGACCAACACCUUCACCAUUGGCAAGGAGGCUGAUAUCACCACCAUGGAUGGCAAGAAGCUCAAGUGCACUGUCAAUCUGGAGGGUGGCAAACUGGUCUGCGAUACUGGAAAGUUCCACCACAUCCAAGAGCUCAAAGGAGGAGAAAUGAUAGAGACAUUGACCAUGGGCUCUACAUCUCUCAUCAGGAAGAGCAAAAAGAUGUAACUUGGCAGUGAAGAAAAACAAUGUCUAUUUAAAUAAAAAAUGUUUUGCGUAAAA